UGAAUGACGCAUUACGUUUGGAGCGGCGAACUCAAAUCGGCCAUCUCUCGGCACACCUAGCAUGAACAUAUAUACCUGCGUUCAAGCGGUGUUUUUCUCGCCGUGCAGGAUAUCUAACGAUAUCAAAUUUAACAACAGACAUAUUAUUCCGUGUGUAUAACACACAACAACAGUUUUGUGUUUUAAACGUAUGAGGAAGUAGUUCGAUCAACUUGUCCACUGAACCAUGACAUUCCAAAUACUAGACUCGACUCUAUUCUCCCCGCAUACCUGUAGUACGCGGUGUCAUUGUAUCCCCAUCCUAGAUGGAGUCUGCUACCUGUGGAAGACGCUGAGCUGAGCUUCACAUGGACUAUCUUUCCGAGAACAGUUGAACACAAAACAACACUGGCAUGCUAAAAGAGUUGAUAAUACCCACGAAACUACAACGAAGUAAAAAUAUUCCAAGCUUCGAAAAUGGAGACGAAGACAAACCCAGUUAACGUCAUGGAAGCCUAUCAGUUCCGGUGCUCCCUAGUUGAGAUGAGCGUGAAGGAUUUCUACCUUCACUACAAGGAUUCCCUCCCGAAGCUCAUUAUGAUUACUCAGGGUUACUGUGGAGAAGUCGUGCUGGAUACGUUUGACAGAGAACAGAUACUACGUAUACAUACCUACUCCAUCCAAAAGCGAGUUAUAGCGAAGAUGUGUGAAGGCUGUCACCUUCCUGGAGUAGAGGGAACGCAGCUCAGUAUUCCAAUCAACUAUGAUGCCAAGUUCUGUGUCAUCAAAUCUGGAGCUAAAGUGGGAAAGGAGGAAACUUUGCAAGACAUCGUCAAUAAGCACAAUUUCCCUGUAGAUGUUCAGUUUGGAAAGUCCGGAGGAGAUACUAUAAAAGUAGGAGAUACAGACAAAAGUACCCGUCAGACUGGAGGACAGACAUUCAGGAUCUCCCUACUAGACACUCACGAGGAAUACUUCCUUCUAGGAAACGCCGUAUAUGGAACUAACUUAUACGGUAAGGUUACCGUUGUACCGGUCUAUUUGCCAGACCUUCGUCUGUCUCUUAUCACAGGGUUCGCAGUUCAACCUCAGGAGAGAUUCGACGCCGUCUGCAGGCAAAUGCAAAGUCAAGUGGUGAAAAACAUCAAGUUUGAAAAUGUCAAAGGAAAUGAAGACAUUGCUGUAUAUUCUGGUCAAGCAACUAGUCAGGAUAUUUAUUCGUAUGCCUCGCCUGUGGAAUACUGCCACAUUGACGAGGGUAUGGAAAAGGGAAGGAAGAAAUCUAGACGUGAUGAUUAUACAGACCUUAUACCCAAGGCACAGGAUGACAAUGUGUAUGAUAUCAUACCACACGAUACGAAACUAGAGGAGUCAGUCUACAACGAGCCGGACCCCAAAACUAUGGUAUCUAAAACGGCGGCUAAGGUACUGCCAAAGACUAAACUCAAACCAGUAACAAUUUCGAAACCACCAGCACAAAUUCCUGCUGCAACACAAAAAAAACCAGCACAAAUUCCAGCUCCAAUACCAAAACCCCCAGCACAAAUUCCAGCUCCAAUACCAAAACCACCAGCACAAAUUCCUGCUCCACCACCAAAAUUACCAGAACAAACGCAUUCUCCCGCGCAGCCCCCUCAAGAAGACAGACAAGAUGAAUCUACAAAAGGUCCUCCUCCACCAGUACCAAAACGUGGGGGGAAUAGCCAGUACUCUGUUCGCAAGAUCGUAGCAGACUUAAAUGAUGUUAAAAUUCAGAGUAAAGGGGAUGGAAAUGGUCAUGAAGAGAGAGUACCUAAUCUACAUGUGGAACGUCAAGCAGCGCCGGAGCAAAUCCAGGCAAGAUGUAGUGUCACCUCUGAUCAAAUCAAGGUGGAUAAACUAAGCGUCGAUGAUUUAGCCGAUUGGAUGGUUAAACUUAAGCUCGAGAAAUAUACGGAAGACUUCAAAGAAAAAUUGAUCGACGGAACAAUACUUCUUGAAUUAGACAAUGCUCUUCUUAAAGAGGAAUUUGGUAUGAAAGGUUUUGAGGCUAUAAAAUUGAUGAAGUUUGCAAAAGAGGGUCAUGUUCCGAAGACACGGGAAACGUGAUUUAUAGUAUAGAGAAUGUAAUUCCUGAUAAAAACGGUUUGAUUAUUUUUGACAUACUGUAUGACAGUAUGUACAAGUGUCAGUCAAUCAGAGAAGAAGACUGAAUACGCUCGUGGUUCGUGGUCUCUGCUAAUAGGAAAUGUCAGAUAACCCCUGUUUUCAAUUAAUCCUGACAAGAAGACAAUUCAUAUUGUAUUCAAAACUGAUAUUACGCGACUUUUUUUUUCUCACACUGAAGUCCCGGGUUAAACAUGUCGCAACUAGUUGUGAACAAAUAUAUUUGCGCACGUUGUGUGAAGUUAAGACUGCACCAGUUCAAAGAAAUUCAUUCUUGGUUAUAUGAAUAUUUACUUUGCUGUAGCGUGAUAAGGCCAUGUAAAUAAGCUAGUAUGUAAGUUUUGUGAUAUAUAUAGUAUACUAAACAUAUGUGUUAGUAUUUUAUUCUAUUUGAUAUGGAUAAGCUGAUGUGUAAGUAUUGUGUAUAUAUGUUAUAAAUACAUGGUAUAAAUAAGCUGGUGUGUUAGUAUUGUGUAUAAAUGUUAUAAAUAUAUGGUAUAAAUAAGCUAAUGUGUAAGUAUUGUGUUAUAUUCGGUAGAAAUAAGCUGGUGUGUAAGAAUUCUGUUAUAUAUAUGGUAUAAAUGAUCUCAUGUGUUAGUAUUGUGUUGAAUUUGUUAUAAAUAAGCUGAUGUGUUAGUAUUGUGUUGAAUUUGUUAUAAAUAAGCUGGUGUGUUAGUAUUUUGUUAUAUAUAUGGUAUAAAUAAUCAUAUGUGAGUAUUUUAUAUGGUAUAAAUAAGCUGGUGUGUUAGUAUUUUGUUAUAUAUAAAAUAAAGAAGCUGAUGUGUUAGCUUUGUGUUAUAUUCAUGAUAAAAAAACUGAUGUGUAAGUAUUGUGCUAAAUUUGUUAUAAAUAAGCUGGUGUGUUAGUAUUCUGUUAUAUAUGGUAUACAUGAUCUGCUGUGUUUGUAUUUUGUUACAUUUGGUAUGAAUAAGCUGAUGUGUAAGAAAUUUAGUAUUUUAUCUCAUUUUGUAUAAAUAGCUUGGUGUUAGUAUCGUAUCUUAUUUAGUACAAAUAGGCGGACGUGUUAGUAUUGUAUCUUAUUUAGUAUAAAUAGGCGGACGUGUUAGUAUUGUGUAUAUUUGGUAUAAAGAGCUUAUGUGUAAGUAGUGCAAUACAUAUACUUAUGUAGCAUGAUCAUUCGCUUAUUUAUCAACGAGUUGUUUGUUUUUCUAUGAAAUAUUACAAGAAGACAUCAGAAGUAAGAACAACCGUUUGCUGGACACUUAACUUCGUUUCAUUGAUGUUGUAUUUUUUCAUGGUAUCAAGUGUCUAGAAUAACAGAGAUUUUGUGGGUUCCCUUAUUUUUGUAAAUAUUUACAAAAUGUAAAAAAAAAUGUGGGUUCUUUGGGGUUUUGAGACUACACGUUACACACAGUCCAUUGCCUGUUGUGUUCAUGUUGUGUGAGUUUAGGGAAUUUCCCUUUAGCUCAGUGGUAGAGCGUCCGACCAGGAAGUCUAGGAUCGCGGGUUCGAUCCCGGUGGAAGCACACUACUCCUUUUCCGGUUCAGUAUUAAUGUUUGUAUUUUUGACAUUGCACUUCUUACCGAUAUAACUGUGUUAUUAUGUUUAUUACGUGAUGUUAUGGGGUGUAAGAUAGUUUUUAAACAAGCGUUUUGUUUAUGCCUUCUAUUAUUCUUUAUACCAAUUGUCUUAAUGGACCCAAUACAAAACCGAUUAUGUCACAUGCUCCUGUACGGUACAUGUUUCCUGAACCACAUGUGGCACUUGUCUCGUGUUAAUUAAAAAAAAAAAAUGUAUAUAUACAUGUAGAUAAUAAAUAAGCAAGUCAUUGUGAAGAAAAAUAAUGAAUAAAAUAAUUAAUAUUUAAGAUCUACCGCUAGUCUUUUCUGACUUUUAGGGCUCUUCAGGCCUUGAAAAAGACCUCCAAGGCAGAAAGGCCUAGCGGUAGAUUUUACAUACUUACUUGUUUUAUUCUAUAUAGAUGCAUAUACAUUAUGUUUAUUAACUAUAUAUGUUGCUGCAUAACAUGUUUUAUUAAAGUUUUUUCUCGUGAUAGCGUGGUAAAACACUAUUCAUUAUAGAUAUAUAAAUGUAUAUGCUUUAUGUCAAUUGCAAUUAUAAUAAACAAUAUUUAACCUAAACUAAUCUAAGAGUGCCAUUGUAUAAAAUGGAGUUUCACUAGUUAAAAUAUGAUGUAAUAUUUUCUCUUUCGGGCUUUUGUCAACACAAGUGAAGUUAAACCAUCGUGGUUUUUGUUAAAAAUAGAUCAUUUUAUAUUGUAUUUGCUUAUAGGGAUUGCGUUAUUCAUUAAUCAAGAUUUUUGUAUAGUUGAUAGUGCAGGUUAAAUGCUUUCAAUUGGGAUUAAAAACAAAUCUGGUUUUGAGAUUUUCCCCAGUGCCAAUGCGCUUUUCAUACCCAGCCAGACCCAUACUCGUUGCCAAGCAAGGACAAAUUAAAAAGUCGCCGCUUCCUUAGAAAAGAAAGCCGGAAGAGAGAGUCACUUGGGAAUAUCUCAAAACCAGAAAUAUUUUUUAAUCUCAACUGAAAGCUUUUUAGCUUGCACUGUCAGCUUUUAGAUGCAAUAUGGUAAACUUCAAUAUGUUGGAAUAUUUGCCGGUUCAUUCUGCAAAUGCAGUAAUUUCCAUUCAUAUGACAUUCUGUGUCAACGUUUCUUUAUACUCAUUAAAGCAAAUUAAUCAAC